AUGGAUGAAAGUAGUGCUAGUGGAGGUGGAAGGGGGAGAAACAAGCGGGUUUGGACUGCUGAAGAAGAUAGGGCUCUUAUAUCAGCAUUAUCAGAGCUAGUUGUUGAUCCUCACUGGAGGUGUGAAAAUGGGUUUAGAAGCAGUUACAUGGUUAAAUUGGAGGAGGUUAUCAGUAAUGCUCUACCUAGAUGUGGUUUGAAGGCUACACCACACAUAGAUUCUCGACUAAAGACACUUAUAGCCAAGUUUAGGGUUAUUUCUCAAAUGUUAAACACGAGCGGAUUUGUUUGGGAUGAUGAAAGAAAAAUGGUUUCUGUUGAAGGAGUUGUUUAUGACGAGUACUGUAAGAGUCAUCCAAGUUGCAAAAAUUUAUAUGGAGUUUCCUUUCCACACUUUCAAGAACUGCAGAAUAUAUAUGGCAAAGACUAUGCUACUGGUAAACUAGCUGAAGGUUAUGUUGAAGCAAUUAACCAUUUGGAAAAAGCUGCCCCUUCGCAAGUUACACUUGAUUCAAGUGAUGAUGAGGGAGUUGGUGGUUCUGGCACUGUUAAUUUUCCUCCCUCAAAAAAAAUCAAGACUGAAAAAACUACAAAAAGAAGGAGAAAAGGUGAUGGUGCUGGUAGUUCGAACGAGUUGGCCAGCUUACAAACAUUCAUGAAAGAUAUGAUGUUCAUCAUUCCACUAUGGCUAAUGUAA